AUGGCAGCCCCGUUCGGCAAUGAGGUGAAGUGCGUUAGCGUAGAGUGGGACUUCUUGCAAGGACUGUUGGUUAAGAAUCAGCCGGUGCCCUGUCUGCAGGCCCUGCGGAAGGAGAAGUCCCGCAAUGCCGCCCGCUCCCGGCGCGGCAAGGAGAACUUCGAGUUCUAUGAGCUGGCCAAGAUGCUGCCCCUGCCCGGCGCCAUCACCAGCCAGCUGGACAAAGCCUCCAUCGUCCGCCUCACCAUCAGUUACCUCAAGAUGCGCGACUUUGCCAACCACGGCGACCCCCCGUGGAGGCUGCGGGCCGAAGGGAGCCCCCCGCCUGGCCCUGCCGGCAAAGGUCCCGGCAGGAGGAACAUGGCAGCUCUGCUGACAAAGCUCUUUGAACAGCAUCUGGGAGGACACAUUUUGCAGUCUCUGGACGGGUUUGUGUUUGCACUAAACCAAGAGGGGAAGUUUCUUUACAUCUCCGAGACGGUGUCUAUUUACCUCGGGCUCUCGCAGGUGGAGCUGACAGGCGGCAGCGUCUUUGACUACAUCCAUCCCGGAGAUCACCCUGAGGUCGCCGAGCAACUGGGGCUCAAGCCGCCUUUCGAUGCUGUUGGCUCCCUGCCGGGGAGCCAGAAACCCCCAGGCCUCACCGGGGCCAGCUCGUCCUCCUCCCUGAACGAGGCCUCUGAGCCCGAUCCCGCCGGCUCCCACACACACCCCAAGCACGACGCCCUGGAACGAUCCUUCUUCGUCCGUAUGAAAUCCACCCUGACCAAGAGAGGGCUGCAUGUGAAGACUUCUGGCUACAAGGUGAUUCACGUUACUGGCCGUCUCCGUCCCCGCCUGCCGUCCUUCUCCCACGCCCAUUCGGUCCUCAGCCGAGUCCUGGGGCUGGUGGCCCUGGCCCACACGCUGCCGCCUUCCACGCUCAGCGAGGUGCGCAUCGAGUGCCACAUGUUUGUAUUCCGGGUCAACAUGGAUCUGCAGAUCGUGUACUGCGAGAGCAGGAUCAGCGAUUAUAUGGACCUAUGCCCCUCGGAGCUGGUAGGGAAAAGCUGCUACCAGUUUAUCCAUGGCGAGGACGUGGAAGGAAUCCGGCAGAGCCACCUGGACUUGUUGAAAAAAGGCCAGGUCGUGACCCGAUAUUACCGCUGGCUGCAGAAGAACGGGGGCUUUGUGUGGAUUCAGUCCUGUGCCACCAUCUCGGUCAAUAUCAAGAACCCCAGUGAGAAGAAUAUGGUCUGGGUCAAUUACAUCCUCAGCAAACCCGAGUAUAAGAACACGGCCCUGGACAUCUUCCAGCUGCCUGGGAUUCCAGCCCGACAGACCGAUGCCUCCGACGUGUCCGACUUGGAACCUGACUUCAAAGAGAGCGACCAUGGGCCGGAACACAAGCAGGGGAACCAGUUUCUGCCCAAAGCGGCUGGGGCCUUGGCCAAAGGUUACUCCCGGAGCAGCCCGGAUGACGGGGCCCGUUGCUCCAUGGCGGAGAAUGAUGCCAGCAGCCCGGAAACGAGCUACAAGGAUGAGGAGGUGUCGGAAGGAGCUGGGGCAAGCGACGCCGAGAGCAGGCGCAGGGGGCCCCGGAGCAAACGGAUCAAGCUGGAGUUCCAGCCGGACAGCCCCCCCCGGGAGGCCUCGCUCAUCAGCACCGAGGAGUCGGACAGCGGCAGCGAGGAGGAGCCUGAUCUCCCGCCCCAGCCGGUGGCGCUGGAGAGGAGGGUGAACGGGUACAAUAUGGCGGCAGGGCGAAACGCGGGGCUGAGCCGGCCCUGCACAUCAGAGUUCGCCUCUGUCAUCCAGACCCAGAGGAGCUACCCACCGAAAGCCAGCGCGGCGCUUAGCAUUAAGACGGAGCAAAGCCAGGCUCCCAAGUACGACAAGGCCACCCUGUGGACCUACCCCUCUGCCCGGGAUGCCCUCCACGAGGGACCCCCCUACACUGUGAGCAAAGCACUUAGCCUGGAGAAGCCCAUUCUGAGGCAAGCCACUUCCCACUUGUACGUCUCCAUCCCGGACUCUGUCCUCACCCCUCCCGAGAUGGACAGCAGCGGGGGCCUGGCUAAGGCCCCCUUCAGCACCUCUCCCCGGGCUAUGCUGCCAGCCCCCUCAGCUGAAACGCUCUCCCCCCCGCUCUCGGGCUCACCGUGCGAGGAAAGGGCCACGUCGACGCCCUUCGCCCCCCUGGUCUAUCCUGGCGAGAUGGAGGCACUCCAGCGGUUCCACGCAGGGAACGUGGUCCUCCCGCUGGUGCACCAGCUCGGCGGGCACCACGGCAUCGCCAGCACCACAGGCUCCCAGAGCCUCUACACCACCAGCACUAUCCGAUACGCCCCGGCCGACGUGACCCUGGCUUUGCCAGGCAGUGUGCUGCCUGCCUCCCACGCAAUCAACCUCAUGGACAUCGGCAGCGCGGAGUCCAAGACCUCCAUGGAACUCAUGUACCACCACAUCCAGCGGCUCAACAUGGUGGCGCCGUUUGGGAACUCAGCAAGCGCCACCGGUUUGGCGCAGAUUUCGGGCGCUGCGGGGGGCGUUUUCACGGCCGCCGAAUCCUUGUUCUCUACGCUGCCCUUCUCCGUGGCCAGCGGCGGCAUCCACAGCCUGUCAGCCGCAGAGCGCAAAGAGGACUAAGCCAAGCAGCGGCCCUGAAGGCGUCUCGUUAGACAUGCCACCCUGAACUGACUCUGCACUGAGCUCUGCGCUGAAGUCCGUGCUCCUUUGAAACUCAUCUUGGGGGCUCACGACCGCAUGAGCUGCUGGAUGUUUCAACAGGGAAAAAAAAUCUUUAUUCUGGAAUCAAUCCUCGUGUCUCAUUCCCCUCCCCCACGACUAAAUCACAGCACAAAUCAGUAUUCUGCUCCCUGCUGCAUAGCUUUACCCUUCUGGGCCAGAUGCUCCUGUUACGCUGGUGUAAAUCCAAAGCGGGUCCAUGAGUUACUCCAGAUUUACACCAGAGAACAGAAUCGGCACUUUUUAAAAAUCAGCUACCCUUUGUGGAAAAGCCAGAAUCACAGCCAGCAUCAGCUCAGCCCCACCUUCCUGAUUUAUAUCUUUAAAAGCAGGAGGCGCUUCCUUCCCCCUCUUUGCCUUUUCUCCCAUUAAUGCAUAAUGGUGCAUGGGAAGAAAGGACGCUUUGCACUCAUGACGUGGCCCGAUGUCCGUCGGCUGAUUUACAGCAGUAGAGGAUCUGGCCCCUAGAACUUUUCCAGCUUCAAAAUGCUGUAUAAACGUUAAUCAAUCCUUACUGCCAGACACUUAUGAUGGAGCUGAACAUCGUCCCGAUUGUUGAAGCUGGGGGCCAGGUUCUGUUCCUCUUCUGUUACACGGGGGUAAAAUCUGGAGUGAUUCCAUGGUGACCAAGAGCAGAACAGGGUUUGGGGAAGCCAGGCCCCUGAGAGAGCAACGUAAAUUGGAGCAAACGGAUGCAGCUUCCUUGGAAAUCUGUGGGGUAAAUGCGGCGGGGAGAGCGUGAGUAGCAAAGUGAGUUGCUUAUUCUGAUCGGCGGGGAAGGCAAAAUGAGGUGACUUACACCCUCUCCAUAGCUGCUUUAAUGUGUAAGACAAUGUGCCCCUCCCUCAUCACCUCCUCUUUAUCUUACCGCCUCCAGGUGGCUGCUUCUCUUACGCCUCCCAACCCUGCUGGCCUCUUCAGCUUGUAAGUUUCAGUCGUGUCCCAGCCUCACAUAGCUGUGGGUCAGACUAAUUGGCCACUUAUGCCGGUUUUCUGACCCACCGAGCAGUUUGGCCCAGCGCUCUGUAAGGGCUAACUAUGCUUAAGUGCUUUUCC